CAGUAGCAAGGCUGCAGAUAACAGAGAGAUUACCAAGGUGGGGAGAUCCAACUGCAGACAUGCUGAACUCAUUCCAAAUCUUUUUUUUGUUCGUGAUCUUCAGUCAGUUCAUUCUGGGGACAUGGGGGAAUGGCUUUCUUGGGCUUAUCAAUUGCAUCCACUGGAUCAAAAGGAGCAAGAUUUCCUUACCUGACUUCAUCAUUAUGAAUCUGGCCUUCUCCAGGAUCUUCCUGCAAUGUGUGAUUGUUUUUGAUGCCACUACUCUGGUGCUCUAUCCCGAUUUCUAUUGUGGAGAAACAUUAAUUGAAAUUCGUGAAACUGGCUGGACCCUUAGUAACUAUUUAAGCAUCUGGCUGUUCACCUGCCUCAGUGUCUUCUACUGCCUGAAGAUUGCCAUUUUCUCCCAUCCUGCCUUCCUCUGGCUUAAGAAGAGGAUUUCCCAGGUGGUUGCCUGCAUUCUGCUGGGCUGUGUGCUCUUCUUUUUCUUCAGUACACUGUUACUGAUCCAAAAAUUCAAUAUGUAUUCUGGACUCCGAAAAAUGAUGAUCACGACAAACUAUACUGAAAGUUUCAGAAAGAAGGAAAGAGAAUUUUUUAUCUCCCACCUUCUUGGUCUCCUGUGGACAGUGAUACCUUUCCUUAUAUCCCUGUUCUCCUGUCUCUUACUCAUCCUCUCCCUAAGGAGGCACACCAGGAUGAUGCACCACCAUGUCACUACUUCCAGAGAUGUGAGCACUAAGGCCCAUGAGAGAGCCACCAUUGUAAUGUUUUCCUUCCUCUUACUCUUUGUCUUUUAUUUUGUCAUUGUCUUCAUUGGGACAGCAGGCGCUUUCCUGCCAGAUGCCAAGGUGGUAUUAAUGAUUACAUUGUUGGUUGCCCCUCUCUUUCCCUCUGUGAACUCAUUUAUCCUAAUUCUGCAAAACAAAAACCUGAAGCAGGCAUUCCUGGGGCUGCUGUGGUUGAAGAAGGGCUGCAUGAAAGCUGCCCGCCUACAUGAGAAGAGUGAUUGUGGAAAGGCUGUCAGAGAGGGUUCCACCGCUAGACUUGCCGGUAGGGAAACAGAACCAACUUCUACCACUGACCUCAGCAUGGAGAGCAAGACUGUGACCCAGAAGUGGCUGCUGCAGGCACAGGUGUCUCUCCCUGCCCAGGCCUGA